GAUGCAUUGAUUACUACCUUUGGCUUCGCCUCGAAAGGUUCUGCUUUUUCUUCCCCUUGGGUUUCAUCGUCCAGCCUUAGGGUAGAGGAAUAGAGGGGAAAAUUUCUCCCCCGAAAAAUAAUGUCCGUCGCCAAUGCUGGCAUAGCUGCCGCGGCCACAGCUCCGCAAGCAGAAGAUGCGAUGAGGGAUCCAGAGCUGAAUGGGCCUGAUGAGGCCGAAGAAGAGCGGCCCAUCGCGCCAGAUCAAUUUGAUCCGCGUUAUGAGACCACCAAAUGGGAGCGGUGGGCAUAUUACUGCUUCUAUAUCGGAAACAAUGGAUUGACCCUAUUCAAUUUUGCGCCCACCUCCUUCCAGGACCUUUUGUAUGAGGCGGCCGGUGAUGCCGGAAGACUGCAGUUCCUCGGCGCCUAUCGAACUAUCAACAGUAUCGUCCUGCUUGCGAACGGCAUUUCCUUCGCGAUCCAGGUGGUCUUGUUCCUUUUCCUCGGCAGCAUGGCCGACUAUGGACGAUGGCGACCCUGGAUUUUGAUAUUCUGGUCCGUCGUCGCCUUCGCCCUCGGCUUUGGCUGGCUGGGCGUGCACACCCAGGACAAGUGGCCCGUCGCUACAGGCCUCUACAUGGUCGGCUUGAUUGCAUAUCAGAUGUGUAUUACAUUUUGGACGGCUGCCUUCCCAGGUCUGGCCCGGAAUGAACCAGAGAUGCGGAAGAAGGCCGAGCAGUACGAAGCUGGCGAGAUCACGCGCGACGACUACGACUUUGCGGACAUGAUGCAGAGAAAUAAAAUUUACAACGUCGCUUUUAUUAUGCAGAGCGCCGGCGAGAUCAUCAUCCUGGCCGUUCUCGUUGGUAUCCUCUUUGCGCUGGACGUGAACGCCAGCGCUGCCAACAACUUGUGGGGUCUUUCGGUGCUCAUCGCAUACGCAACCGGUGUCUGGAUCUUGCUCGCCAUCCCCUGGUUCAUCCUGGAGAAGCGACGGCCAGGGCAGACGCUGCCACCUGGGAUGAAUGUGCUUAGCGUAGGGUUUUGGAACCUCUGGCGUGCUUUGGUGCAAAUCUGGGAAUUGAAGCAGAGCUUGUUAUAUCUGAUCGGAUAUUUCCUGCUGGGUGAUACCUUGAAUACAACAGUCACUGUGAUCGCCACGCUGCAAAAUUCGGUCGUCAGCUAUAAUACCCUGACUUUAACGUACCUCCUGAUUGUCGGCAUCGCGGCUCAACUCGCCGGGAUUCUAGGGUACUGGCUCAUCCAGAAGCGCUUCGGUCUUAGCACCAAAACCAUGCUGGACCUGGUUAUGCUAGGUAUUCUCCUGCUGGACGGUUGGGGCAUGAUCGGCAUCUGGACACAGAAAUUCGGCUUCCACAAUGAGUGGGAAUUCUGGCUAUACCAGACCAUAUACGGUCUCUUCGUAUGCCAAUGGUACGCGUACAGCCAGACCAUGAUCAGCGAGGUUACUCCACGAGGCAAAGAGUUUCUAUUCUUCAGCUUCUACAGCAUCGUCGGCAAAACGAGUGCCUUCAUUGGACCCCUAGUUUCCAGUGCCAUUAUCGACGCAAGUCCUAAUGGGAACGCCAGUCUGCCGUUUUACUUUCUGUUCGGUCUAAGCUUGCUGAGCUUCCUGCUAUUGUUCUUCUUUGUGGAUUUGAAGAAGAGCAGAAAGGAGCAGGAAGCGUUCCUGGCCAAGGAGAAGGCUGCAAAGGAUCGAAGAGCAAGUGUGGUUUUGUUCAACCAUGGGAGACCGAUUGAGGACGAAAAUGCUGGCACCGACAGGAGGGCACUGGGCGCUGGAAAGACAGAGGGGAUGUCCGACCACGGUACUCGGACUGACAGCUCGAAGACCGGAGAAGCGGAAGAGGUCAAGACGUGACAAGAGAGAAACGCUGAGAAGGCAGGCUCUGGGUGGGAAGUAGAGGGGCCUCGUGGCAGAGCCAUGCACUGCACUUCCACCGUAGCGCUUGGCAGUGCUUCACAGGCGGUCGAAGGCCAUCGCGACGGCUGCGACACCACAUGUUGAGGUACUCUCUGCUUCAGCCUUAUCCGAAAAGAGGCCGCAAAUUGGGCUCUGGCGUUUCGGCUUCGACAGUGUAUCGGAUGCACUGACGUUGAGGCGUCGGGUGUGGCGUUUGAUGGUUGCAAGCAAUUCAGGGCGAGACAUAGGGGACCUCAGCCUCGCACUAUCGAAGUGAUUUCCAAUGGUUCCGGGGAGCUUAGGGGCAUACCUGACUAGUAGGGAUAGUAGAUGGAGACGUCUGUGUAACAACAAGCUUUCUGCUUUUGAUAUUCAGAGUGCG